UGCGCGAGGCUGCGCGAGGGAGCGCGAGGAGCGCGGCGCGGCCGCCGCGUGCGCGAGCCGGGUUGCAGCCCAGCCGGGACUUUCCAGCCGGCGGCGGCGGCGGCCGCCGGCCCUUCCCCGCCCCCCGACAUGGGGCUGCCCGGGGAGCAGGACGCUGCGGACCGCGGCGGAGGACGCGCCCGGCGCCCCUGAGCCGGUCGGCGGCGGACCGCGGGAUGAGAAAACUGAGGCCCAAAGAAGUUAUGCACUUGGUUAAGGUCCUAAAGCAGGUCAGAACCAGAUCUAGGAUCAGAAACCUGGCUCCUGGCUCUCUCUUCUCCUAAGGAUCGCUGUCCUGACAGAAGAGGUAAGGGGCUCCACUACGUUAUUUGAAGGAGGAUAAGACUGACAACGCUUCACUUCUCUUUUUUGAAGUUUUCUUUCUCCCUGAUCAAGCUUAUGUAUAUCUCCUUACAACAUAUGACACACAGAAUUUCACUUUUCUGAAAUGGAGUCGAGUAAAAAGAUGGACUCCCCUGGUGCCCUGCAGACAAACCCACCGCUAAAACUGCACCCUGACCGCACCGCCGGGACGUCAGUGUUUGUCCCUGAACAAGGAGGUUACAAAGAGCGGUUUGUGAGGACUGUGGAAGACAAGUACAGGUGCGAGAAGUGCCGCCUGGUGCUGUGUGACCCGAAGCAGACGGAGUGUGGGCACCGCUUCUGUGAGACCUGCAUGGCUGCUUUGCUGAGCUCCUCAAGCCCGAAAUGUACUGCGUGUCAAGAAGGCAUCAUUAAAGAUAAGGUGUUUAAGGAUAAUUGCUGCAAGAGAGAGAUUCUGGCUCUUCAGAUAUAUUGUAGGAAUGAAAACAGAGGUUGUGCAGAGCAGUUAACACUGGGGCAUCUGCUGGUGCAUUUAAAGAAUGAUUGCCAGUUUGAAGAGCUUUCAUGUGUUCGUGCUGACUGCAAAGAAAAGGUACUAAGGAAAGAUCUGCGUGACCACGUGGAAAAAGCCUGUAAAUACCGCGAGGCAACAUGCAGUCACUGCCAAAGUCAGGUUCCCAUGGUUACGCUGCAGAAACAUGAAGACACCGAAUGUCCCUGUGUAGUGGUGUCCUGCCCUCACAAGUGCAGUGUCCAGACCCUCCUGAGGAGUGAGUUGAGUGCACACUUGUCAGAGUGUGUCAAUGCCCCCAGCACCUGUAGUUUUAAGCGCUAUGGCUGCGUUUUUCAGGGGACAAACCAGCAGAUCAAGGCCCACGAGGCCAGCUCCGCGGUGCAGCACGUCAACCUACUGAAGGAGUGGAGCAGCUCCCUGGAGAAGAAGGUUUCCUUGUUGCAGAAUGAAAGUGUGGAAAAAAACAAGAGCAUACAAAGUCUGCACAAUCAGAUAUGUAGCUUUGAAAUUGAAAUCGAGAGACAAAAGGAAAUGCUUCGAAAUAACGAAUCCAAAAUACUUCAUUUGCAGCGAGUAAUAGACAGCCAAGCAGAGAAACUCAAAGAGCUCGACAAAGAGAUCCGUCCCUUCCGGCAGAGCUGGGAAGAAGCAGACAGCAUGCGGAGCAGCGUGGAGUCCCUCCAGAACCGAGUGACUGAGCUGGAAAGUGUGGACAAAGGUGCAGGGCAGGCCGCUCGGAACACAGGCUUGCUGGAGUCCCAGCUGAGCAGGCAUGACCAGAUGCUGAGUGUUCACGACAUCCGCCUGGCCGACAUGGACCUGCGGUUCCAGGUCCUCGAGACCGCCAGCUACAACGGGGUGCUGAUUUGGAAGAUCCGGGAUUAUAAGCGGCGGAAGCAGGAGGCCGUCAUGGGGAAGACCCUGUCUCUCUACAGCCAGCCUUUCUACACCGGCUAUUUUGGCUAUAAGAUGUGUGCCAGGGUCUACCUGAAUGGGGAUGGCAUGGGGAAGGGAACGCAUUUGUCACUGUUCUUUGUCAUCAUGCGUGGAGAGUACGAUGCUCUGCUUCCUUGGCCAUUCAAGCAGAAAGUGACGCUCAUGCUGAUGGACCAGGGGUCCUCUCGGCGGCACUUGGGAGAUGCAUUCAAGCCAGACCCCAAUAGCAGCAGCUUCAAGAAACCCACCGGGGAGAUGAAUAUUGCCUCUGGCUGCCCUGUCUUUGUGGCCCAGACUGUGCUAGAGAAUGGGACUUACAUCAAAGACGACACCAUUUUUAUUAAAGUCAUAGUGGAUACUUCGGACCUGCCCGACCCCUGACAGCCACCAGGGAGGUGGACUGAGCAGAAGGCAACUCCUCCGGGGGUUUGAACCGCUGUCUCCACCUAGGUCCUCGUGCUCAGAAAGGGACCUCGUGGGACAGAGGAAGCAGCAGAAGGCGGCCGCCGGCCAGAGGGAGGAGCCACGCGUGAGGACGUGCUUGACAUGUUUUCUAAUAGACUAGCAACACUUCACUCUGAAGAAUUAUUUAUCCUUCGAUGAGAUAAAUACUGCUGUCAGAGAAGGUUUUCAUUUUCAUUUUUAAAGAUCUAGUUAAUUAAGGUGGAAAACAUAUAUGCUAAACAAAAAGAACCAUUUUUCUUCCUUAAACUUGAACAGCAAAAAAGAAAACACACACACACACUCACACACACCUGGGGAUAGCUGGACAUGGCAGCAUGUUAAGUAAAAGAAGAAUUUAUGAAAUGGUAAUGCAAUUCUGAUAUAUUCAUUCUAAAAUUCAAAAGUGCAAUCUUGUUUCAAAUAUAGUAUAUUGUCUAUUUUUAAGGCCUCAUCUGGUCUCUGUUUUAAUAAUUUGUUUGUCAGAAGACCCUGAAGUACACCUAGGUCUUUUUUGAAAGUCUCUAAAUUCAGAAUCAUUUUUUAAGUUAAAGCUCGAAGAUAAUUGUUAUGCAAACAUUUUAUUUUAAAACGUUGAUAGACUGAUAUUUCUUGGAAGAAAAUGUAAAAUAUCAAACACUGGUUAUCACUUGUGAUAGGAAAGAGAAUAUUCAAUCUGUUGUUAUUUCUCGUUAGAAAUGUAAACCUUCAAUAUCUGUCGUAGUUAAUAACACUACUUCAAAAUUAUUAUGAAAGGAAAUUGCUCAUGGAUGCUGUGCAUCAUUUUCAGAUUUAUAAUUGUUUUCACCCUAAAAUAGGGCAUUAGUUGAACUUUGGAGUUCUGAACAAAAUCCUGUAGGUUUUUAAAAUUCUGCCCCAUGUGUUGAGACAAGCUCUCUAUUGCUGACAACUCCGACCUUCAGUGUCCAGGGGUGGGCAGGUGACUUGUGCGGAAGGAGGCCACAGCAGACGUGUUUCUUCAUCCUGUCAUAUUGCUGCAUUUUGUUCACGAUCUCCAAACGCGACAUCUUGCCUAGAGAUGGUGGCAUACUGCUCAUGUGCCUUAGGUGUGACAUGCUGCUUCUGGACCCUAGCUUUGUGUUCACUGCAACUCUAGAAAGUGGUAGUUUAACCAGACUUUUCUCUUGAUCACUAGAUCUUUGCCUUUUCAAGGGCCCUCAGACAGCCCUGCACCUGCUGAGGAAGUCAGGCUCCCAUGUCCGCUCUGGAGCCUCCACCCUUAAUUAUCACAGAUUCCAAAUCUCUAGGCCCCAAAAGUGAGCGCCUAGGCCAAGCAUGGCAGGAGCUGCCUGUCUCCCUGCCAUGGAGCCCCUGCCACUUGAAGCAGAACCCUCUGAGCAUUCCAGAGACCGCCACUCCGGGGGCUGCCUGGCUGGGCCAUGGCAGGUACCCGCGACCACCACUCUCUCAGGAAGGGUGGUCUUGGGGUUCGUCACCCCAGCCUGCAGCUGCCCAAGUGGCACCUUCGUAACACUGUUUACCUUCUCUCCAUGGUCCAACUGUGAUAGAAGCCAGAGCCCUGCCUCCUUGUGCCCCUUUGCUAUGCACCACGCUUCAUGGGUGCUCUUUCCACUGACGGGUGCUACACGUGACGGGUGCUUCUUAGGCAAAACCAAUGUGUGUGACCACUGCAUCUGUGCCACUCAUCCAAAGGACGCGCCCGUGAUUGGCCAGCUGGGCCGUGCCUCCAACUGCCUGCCUCUGGGCUCCCCCACCGUCGUGCGGGGACUACUGGGUUGGUGCCCGGCGGCCCCCAUGGCUCUGGUGCUGCCACCUGCCCUGGGUGUGCCUUUGCCCCAGUGCCUGCUGGGAGUGCCCUCCCCUCGCACACCGCCCCCUGCUUCCGGAAGUGACCUCACCGGUCCCGAGCACCUGCCCUUCCUGUCAGCGGUUACGAUGCUCAGCUGUCCCCACCUUUCCUUUGCCCACCCCUCAACCCCCCGAUUGCUCUGAGGGCGAAUCUCUGUUACCGGUUCUGCCCAUGAAGGAAUCGUGUGUCCCGCUCAAAGGCAGGACUUCCUGCAGGUGCACAGAACCGCUGUUCCCGGAAGGUGUCCCCAGCCUCCUCCAAGCCUUGCCCUGUUCUAUCCUGGAGACCCAGAGGAGGGGGGAUGCCUGGCAGCCCCUACCUGGCCUUAGGUGGCUUUCUUGAAGCCAAGGGUCACCAACAGGGACAUGCUUGUGACUCCCACCCCCUUCACUAGGAAUACAGACAGUAUUAAUGAAUUUGGAAUAAGCAGUAUCUUGGUCUGGUAAAAAAAAAAAGUUCUUUCUGUUCCCCUGGUUGAAAUCCCGUCAGGUGGGUCGCCUGGAAGCGUCGUUCCCUGGCCCCACCCAGACAUGCUCCUGGUGGGGGGCGCUGGGCCCUCCUGGCGCUUUUCCCUAGAGCUCGAGAAGAGCUGGAGGUAAUAGGUCAGUGCCUUCGGCCACUGACUGUGCCACCUCCCUCCCGCGCAUGGGGCCCUGCCGGGGCACUGCGUCCUGAAGGCCCCAGUGUGUGACGUGGCCCUGACAGCAUGCAGCUCCAUCCCGACUCCUCGUCCCUCCCGUUUGGUGCUCGUCCCCGAGGGCUGCCUUGGGCUGUGGUCUCCAUGCAGCCGAGGCCCGCUGCCCGCCCUGGAGCGCCAGCCCUCCCUGCUUCACGAGGUGUACGUGGUGCGUAUGGGGCACGCUCCCAGUUGCUACAGUGGCCAAAUUCCCUAUGGGACAAAACUGUUCCAGUGCUUUGGAGAAACCAGCACUGAGUGUCUGCACAACGAAGCCACUUGGCUUCCCUGUACGCCUCAUGCCAGAAGGGACGAUAGCUUCCCGUCUCCAUCUGCUGCCGUCUGGACACGUGCCCACUGCGGCAGGGCCAGGUCACCGGGGCCAGGUGUCCCUGACGGGUGUGGGGGGGCGCCUGCUCUGGAGGGCUCAGCAUGUUCGGUGUGCGCGAGGGGCUUCUUCCGCGCGGUUGGGGUCUGGGUGGCUGGCGCAUUUGGCUCUUCAGGACUAGACCCGCCCACAGGUGGGCUGGAAUAUGCUUAACUGGGCCUAUUUUCUAAGUUGGGUUUCUGAGUUUCCUGGGUACACUUGUAACAGAGGAGACAAUAGGAAUUCAUGUAAAUUUUCUAAGACCUGACAGACAAGGGUGGCACCGACUGCAGAGUCACCAGCGUGCGCUCACUGUGCAGGUGGACAGAGGAGAUGGCCGCUGUCCCCGGCCCGUUCCAUCUGUGAGGCGGCCAGGUGAGCAGGGAAGCCCAUGGCCAAGCCCCUUCCCUCCUCUCACCUCCCCUGGUUCUGUCUGACCUGGCGGUUCCCUGCCCUGGGACCCCUGAGGGCUGUGGUGUGCAGGAGAGCUGUCCCACGGGUGGCCACCUCCAGCGUGCCCUUCAGGAGCUGGCCAGAGGCCAGUGGGGUCUCUGGCAGAGCCGACACCCCCGAGGUUUUCCUUGGACCACUGUGACCCACCUCGGUGAGGAUGGCCAGUCCCUUCCCAGACAGCUCAUCCCUUCCAGGGUCCUCAGCCCCAGGGCCCUUCACUCUCAGCAGUGUCGUGGUGGUCCCGCGGGGCAGGCCUGCAUCCCACAGCUGGGGGCACCACCUGGCAGAGGAGAGGGUGCCCAGACAGAGCCCACAGCACAGCAGGGGCAGCCCAAGGGAGGUGGGGAGAGGGCAGGACCCAACCCACACUCCGGGGAGCCGAGGCCACACCUCCGCGCACCAGAGGGGGUGGCCCCGGCACACGUCCGGGCCCAGCAUCUCUGCCGCCUCCACAGGGUUGGUCAGGGCCCAAUUCAAGGGGCCCCUGGCCCAAACCACAUCCCCCAAAAUGCUUCCCUCUGGUAAUGACCAGUGUGGGAAGGGGCUCGGGCAGAGCUGUAAAAUGCUGUUUCCUCCUAGUCCAGAUGUAGAAGCAGAGGAGAGCUAGGCAGCUUCCAGGAGCUCCUCUGCACCUGUGACUGUGGGUGGGUGAGGGUCUGUCGCCCGGUCUGCUGUCCAGCCCCGCACCGUGGUUCUGCUUCUGUUGGCAAAUCUCGACAAUGCCGUUUUCCAAGUAGGACAUGUCCACUGGGGUCUUGUCAGAGAGGUCAGUGUGAGGCUCCAGGGCCGACAGGCCGGAGUGGGGAAGGGCGCUCCCUGGGGGCGUCUCCCCCCCAGCCGCCCCACCUCACCUCAGGGGGCCCAGUCUCCAGCAGGCCUGUCGGUUGGGCUGGAGGAGGCCCCAGGGGCACCGAGCUGCGCUUGCAUUUCAUUUCUCCCGCUGCUGCCGUCUCUCUAGUCUGCCUUGUGAAUUCUCGCAAUGAAAGAGGUGAAAGUCCAGGAUGGCUGUCCCACUCCUGCCGUUAGUGGUGGUGGGUUUUUUAUAACUCAGUCCCCUUAGACAAGUAAGAUAACCUUCAACAGCAAACUAAAUGACUUAAUUGGUAAACACAAAAGCCUGUAUUAUUUCCAAGGAUUUAUAUAAGAAUUAACUGUAGAAUAUCAUCUGUGAUCAAGGAAAUGUGUAAAUCCAUGUAGACAAUUGUGUAACAUUUUUAGAAUUGUGUUCUUUCUCUGAUGGCACACCUCUUGGUUCAAUUCUAUUACCCAAAAACAAAGACCAAAGAAGGCCAAUCUCUGAUUUAACUCUGUGUUUUUAAUCUGCCUGUUUUAAAAAUUGCCGUCUGUAGUAACUGCUCGCUGUGAGGACCCAUCUUGACAGUCCAAGUGAUUGUGACCAGUGAUUUACGUCCUGUUUUUCUGCUCUUCUAAGAAAAAAACAACAAAAAGACAGUAUGUUAUUGCUCAGCAAUAAUCAUGUUGUUAAUGUGAGUUAACAACGUGUCUAAUCUUCUGAUAGCAUUAUUAUGUUUUUUAUUUUUGUUUACUGUAUAUUGUGUGUGGUUUUAUUUGGUAUUUAUUUGUGUUUUGAGGUCUUGCAAUGUUUUUGUGUUUCUGAUGCUAAUAACUAAAGUCUGUAAGAGUGUAGAAUGCAAAACUUUGAGAUGCUAAACUGUUUUAUUAGAGGAAAAUAAAUCUGACUAAGGA